CACACACACACACGCACACGCACACGCACACACACACAACGGAGGCAGCGGUUCCUCUUGGUUCCGCGGAUAGACGGGGAUUAGUGGUCGGGGAUUAGUAGUCGGGGAGGCGAUAUGCCCAUGAAGCUCUUGGUAAUGCUGGGAUUGAUCAGGUUAUCAGCAGCGGCUGAUCUGCCAAAGCCAGAGCUGAUGAUGGAUGCGGUCAACACUCGCUACGUCCUCAGGUGGAACUACAGCACCACGGCCAACUUCACAGCCCAGUGGGCUUUCUCUCACUCCCUCUCCUACAGAGGAGUCUGUUUCGGUGUGGAGGCGCACUGCGAUUACUCGGCCCACCUGGACUACAGCGGGUUGUUCGUCCUGAGGGUCAGGGCAGAGGCCGAGGGUCAGAUGUCGGACUGGGCCAUUAGGGAGUUCUGUCCGGACGUUGAUGCGGCCCUCGGGACCCCGUCCGAGUUGGUCGUGGAGGCGGGCGACUCCAUGGUCACCGUGAGCUUCAAGGAGCCGAUGGCGGAGAGCGGUGAGCCCAUGAGCUCGGUGCUCAGCCGGAACAGCCCGGAGGCGGCCAUGGCCUUCAGACUCAGCUUCCGGGCGGAGGACGCUCCCAGUCAGUGGCAGGAGAAGACGCUAAACACCACACUCCACACGCUGUCUCUGCCCGCACACACACGCUACUGCCUGAAGGUCCAGGCCUUCAGCGAAGCCUUCGGGAAAACCAGCGGCUACACCCCCGAGCAGUGCACCACCACCCUGGGCUCCUCUUUGCUCUGGCGUGUACUGCUGCCCCUGUUGCUGCUCUUGGUGGUUCUGGGGGGACUGGGCUUCUUGUGGACCAGGAGGCGGUGGAGGCAGUUCCUGCCCUCCGCGCUGCCCAGCAGCAUGAUGAUGGACUCCAAGUCCCAUCAGCCCCUGCUGGUUCCCAGGGAGACCUCUUGCGCCGUCACCGCCGUGGUCGCCAUGCCUACAGCAGAGCAGGCUGUCUCGGACGGGCCCGCAUUGGCCCCCACCCCGGGACCGGAGACCGGCGGCUGUCACUGCUGAGCGACGUUCGGUGUCUGCUCUGCCUCCCACACCCUCAGCUAGGGGGUCAGAGGGGCCAGAGAGGGGUCAGAGAGGGUUUAGAGGUCAGAGAGGGGUCAGAGAGGGGUCACAGGGGUCAGAGAGUCAGAGAGGGGGGUCAGAGCGGUCAAGGGAGUCAGAGAGGGGUAAAAGAGAGUCAGAGAGGGGUAAGAGGUCAGAGAGGGGUCACAGGGGUCAAGAGAGUCAGAGGGGUCAGAGCGGUCAAAGAGAGUCAGAGAGCGGUCAAAGAGUCAGAGAGGGGCUAGAGGUCAGAGAUAGGUCAAAGAGGGUCAGAGAAGGGAGGGGUCAUAGAGGGGUCAGACAGGGGUCAGGUAGGGGACGCUGCUGCCCCCCCGGACCCCCAGAGGUCCAGGCCACGGUGUGUUUCCGAAACUUUUAUUUAUACGUUUAUACGACUGUACUCACUGUCAUUAAUGCUGCACUGAGCAUCUACCAUAGCCACUGUUACACCACUCUAGACUUCACAGUGACCGUAGCGAUCCAGUGUUUUCUAAUGCCUGAGGGGUUAAGCCACCUGCUGCAGGAGGCCUCCAGGCGGACCCAGGACAAUGGGAUUUGAACCACCAGGUUCCACCAGCGGGGCCCAAGGUCUGACCGGACAUGGCUGAGUUCCUGAGGAUAACAACAACCUUCCACCCGAAGCAUGCUUUUAUACCACUAUCAAACUCCAUCACCCCCACUAUUUUUACAAUAAACUAUAUAUUUUUGUAUAAA